UCUAUCUGCAUUCUUAUAACAUGUCUUCGUUGUGGGGUUUGCAUGCCUGCUUUUUCAUGGAAGUCCUACCCAUCUCAAUUCAUGCAUUUUGGUGCCAACAUUUAUUUCUUCUCAAAGAGCACCUGGUUUAUGACUAGUAUAUGGAAGAGAAUCAUGACUAAUUGUAGCCUUUAAGUUAGAACUAUCUUUUCUUUUCGCAGAAUCAAGAAUAUUACAUUUGGGAUUUGUCAGUUGUUGAUCUAAGUGCCAUUUAUUUCACGAGUUGAUUCUGUAGCUUUUAUGAAUCAGGUGUCUUGUACAAUUCCAUGGUGUAUUUAAUUUGUGCCCAACUAUUUGAUUGUUUGCAUAAGCAUCUAUAGUACACAGUGAAGCUUCAUCACUGUGGGUGUGAGCUGGACGUUAUGUGUUUGAAUAGUGACCUUAUCAGAGAAAUCUUGGAUCGUGUGGAUGGGAUAACACUUGCAAAUGCAGGAUGUGUGUCUUCAGACUUCUGUUCCAUUGCAAGACAAGAGGGUUUAUGGGAAGAAGCAUGCUGCUCUGUGUGGCCUUCUACAAAGAACACAGAUGCAAAACAAUUCAUCUCUUCUUCAUUGGGUGGGUUUAGAAAUUUCUAUGCAAGCUGUUUUCCCUUCAUUGAUUAUGAUCAGUCUGAGUCAUCUGAGACCAAUUCAAGGCGCUUGAGGAAUCUGGGUGAUGCUAAUUAUCCAUCUGAUUUUGUCUGUCUUGUGGAUGUGCAAUACAAUAAUAAGUUCAUCUAUUCUCAAGUUUUGUGGGGCAUCCCUGCUCCAGAAGAUUUUGAGGGGUGGUUCUGCAACUGCUCUUUUAGGAUUGAUCUCAUUAACUUUGAUGAGGAUCACACUAGCCCAGAUCAGUUGCCCACAAUUGUGCUUGGGGACAUUAACAAGGGCGGUGAAUUUUGGGGGCACUUGAAGGAAAAUAUUAGGUUAAGCUGCAUUGUGAUAAACAGGAGAACAGGGCAAGCUGCUAAUGUUUCAAGCUGGGGUCCCCUGUUUGAACAAAAGCAUUGGUACUCUGACAAGGACUCUGUAAUAUGCUUUGGCUCCAUAUUGCCUGCUCACAGCAUAUUGCCUUGCAAUAUUGUACAGUGUAAAUUGGUCAUGAAGUGUAGAGUUUUAGAAAGGGAUCAUACCAGCUUAAAGAUCACUGAACUGAGCAUGCAGAUGGAAGAUAUCAUGGGAACUCAUGUUAAUGGGAGAAACAGCCUGCUUAUCCUAAAAAGAGCUCUGUAUUGCAGGAGGAGUAUGAACCAUAAUAAAAUUUUGGAAUCCUGUGAGAAAUACUUGAGAGAACAGAGCACAUUGAAGGAAGCGAAGAUUAGGAUGGAAGACCUCCUUAAUACUUUCUUUAUUCUAACUGGCAUUAUAACAUUCGCUUCAGUUUUGUACUUGAUCUUCUGAUUGAGU